AUGAAGCUAUUGAGUAAGCUCGUCUGUUCACUGUCGGUUAAAAUACUCUUUUGCUGUUGUGCGCAGGUUGAAGAAGUUCAUCCAAUGGGUCGAACGUGCGAUGUCAAUCUAGAUAUACAGGGCGUCACGCUGCCCGACGAUCUCGACAAAGAUUUGCUCAGAGGCUUCCUAAAAAGACCAAAUAGCGAAAAAGAAGAACCGCUUGUGCUUGAAAUCACGCGCGAUAAUUCCUUGGGCGUGUCAUUUGUACCUGAAGAACCUGGUGAACACCAGAUUAGCGUUAGAAAGAAGUCCCCAGAUAGGAAGUGGCGUGAUGUACCUGGAAGUCCCUUCUCUAUUAUGGUCGAAGCCGCAGAAGCUGUCAAUGCUGUUGGAACACCAUGCGACUGUCUUCUAGAUAUCCCUAACCUUCGACUCCCCGAAGAAUUGAACAGGUUAACAGCCAAGCUAAAGAGACCAUCAAGCCGCCAAGAAGAAGAUCUAAAGCUUAGAGUUACGUCAGAUAACAAGCCGUUUGUGUCGUUCGUACCGCGAGAGCCUGGAGAGCAUUUGAUCAGUAUUAAGAAAAACCGAGAUCACGUGAAAGGCAGCCCCUUCUCUGUCAUGGUGGUCGCCCCCGAAAGUGGCAACGCCAUUGGCAGACCGUGCGGUGUUGGACUCGAAAUUCCUGGACUCAAACUCCCGGAUGAUUAUAACAACGGUCUCUUGACUGCAAGUCUGCAGCGGCCUUCUGGGAAGCCUGAGGAACCGCUCCCUCUCGCGCUCAACUCUGACAACACUUUGAGUGUGUCGUUCACCCCGCAGGAGACUGGAGAGCACUUUGUGACAGUUAAGAAGUCCGGAAGCCACGUGAAUGGCAGUCCGUUCUCUGUUAUGGUCAGCGGUCCUGGACCUGCUGAUCCAAGCAAGGUGGUGUGCACCGGCCCAGGUAAAUGCAGUUUAGUUCAUAUAAUUAUUUACAUGCUGUAAUAUAUGUGAAUUUGCAUAAUUUUUGCUUAAGUAAUAGAAUAACUUCGCAAAGCAAUCACACGCACAAAAAAGUAUUACAAGAGUACCACAGGACACUUCCGCUCAGUGGCUUUAAGGGAAACUGUUCAUAACUCUUCUUUUCUCGUAACCUUCCUGUUUGAUUAAACCAUGAUAUUUUACGAGGAAGAUAAUUUGAUCACUUAAAACCUGAGAGCGUUUUUCGCGACAGUGUAGGAGUUUGAUAUAUUCCUUAACAUUAACAGUCUGGAUUGGUUUCGUUUUAUUCAGGUCUACAUGAUGGAGUAGCCGGGAAGCCCAGUACAUUUACCAUCAACACCCGCGACGCUGGCUAUGGAGGACUGGGUCUAUCAAUUGAGGGACCCUCUAAAGCCCAGAUCACGUGCACAGACAACGAGGAUGGCACAUGCACAGUGGAGUAUCUUCCGGUUGAGCCUGGGAAGUACACUAUCAAUGUCAAAUUCGCUGAUGAGGAUGUGCCCGGAAGUCCCUUCACCUCUAAUGUGAGGCCUUCAGGAGAUACGAUACAACCUAUCGAGGAGGACCUGGUAAGGAGAAAGGAAUAGCCGUGCCUUAAAUGUAGCGACCUGUUGCUAUAGCUACAUAUUCCAACUGAUGCUCGCCUCAGUGUAAAUGUUGUAUUCGGAUGUGGUGAAUAUCAAGCACCUCUUUUGACACCACCUGAUCAAAUGAUCAAUACAUACAUCGAUGAAGGGUUUAUUUAAAUGAUAUGGAGAUGAAAAAUGGUGGUGACGGUGAGGAUGAAUACUAAGGAAUGAUCUAUGUUACCGCAACUUUUAAGAUUCUUCAGUGCAACGGUGAGGAGCACAUUAACCCUUUAAGUCCCAAUAGUGACCAACAUCAAUUUUCUCCUCACAAUAUCCAUAGAUUGUCAAGUGCAACAUCUACAAGAAUUAAUCAAAUGAUCACAAAGAGAAAAAUCUCUGAUCUUUUAUCAGUUUCUCCCAACUAAUUCUGUAAGGAAAUGUAUAGAGAUCAGUUUGGAGAAUUUGUUUGUGGAUAUUGUGGCUUAAAGGGUUAACAAGCAAGGUUUGCCUUGAUAACAUAAGCUUGGUUGUUACAAAAACGUCCAAAUGCAUUUAUUGGUUUUGGGAUCUUUUCGUGUGGUACAUGUUACUAUUUUAAGGAUGAUACGACUUUAACCCUUCCAGGAUCAAAGAUGGAGUCUCAUAAGCUGGUUCUAGCUUUUGUCUCUGUGGAAGAAAUGAUUCAAAUGAAAGCUACUGAGCAGUACUUUCACAUGGCACUAUUUGUUUUCAGAAUUUCACAAAGUGAAAUUUGGUAAUUUGAUUUUGUUUACUAAAAUGUUUUCUUCUUGUUCACCAGGUGGCCUCUUCAGCUCCAGAUCAGUUCUCUGAACCAACUCAGCGAGUCUCACAAGUGUUUGAGGACCUUGUGACUUUCGGUUCCACUCCUGCUCAGCCUCACGAUUUCGUGUUUGAUCUCAAAGGCUACAACAUGGACGACCUUGAAACCAUGGUGAUAAGCCCUGAUGGUACAGAGCUCGAAUCUGACAUUAUCGAAUCAGGACCCAAAACCUACACCAUCCGGUUCGUUCCGAAGGAGAGUGGAGAACACACGAUCUAUGUUCGAUUCAAGAGCGGAAGAAAGAAGGACAUCCCCGGAAGCCCCUUCAAAGUUUUCGUUGAAGCUCCCGUGUGGGGUGGUGCAGCGAAGUGCUUGGCUGCGGGACCUGGGCUUGAAAGAGGCGUGGUCAACCAUACGGGAGAGUUCACUGUCUGGACACGUGACGCUGGACCAGGAGGACUUGCAAUCGCAAUCGAGGGACCGGCCAAGUCAGAGAUUAAGUGCACCGACAAUGGAGACGGUUCUUGUAACAUUUCGUACUUACCUACCACCAAUGGGGAAUACACCGUCCAUAUCCGCUUUGCUGACGAGGAUAUCCCUGGAAGUCCAUUCAAGGUGAACGUUUCGCCGGAAGUGGAAGACCGCUUCCGGGAUCUCAAUGUCUCCGACCUGGCAGAGAGCGGACUAAAGGUGAACCAACCUGCUUCCUUCUCAGUUCAGACCAAUGCGUCUGUUGGUGACGUCACAGCUUCUGUGAUCUCGCCCUCAGGAGAUGAAAAAGAAGCGCAGGUAUCCAAACUCGGUGGUGGGAACUUUGCCAUACGCUUCACCCCUAGGGAAUUCGGUGAUCAUCUCGUCAACGUCCGUUUUGACGGCUCCCACAUCCCCGGCAGUCCCUUCAAGAUCCGUGUAGGCGGGGCAGAGGGUCACCCAGAGAAGGUGAAAGCUUAUGGUUCAGGUCUUAGUAGCGGAAAAGUGGGAGAACCCGCGGAGUUCACAGUUAACGCCCUUGAGGCCGGAUCUGGAGCGCUUGCCCUGUCGGUGGAUGGCCCGGCGAAGGUUAAGAUGAAUUGCAGUGAAAAUGCCGACGGCACUUACCAAGUCACGUACAACCCGGUGGUAGCAGGCGAAUACACCAUUAGAAUAAAAUUCGCAGGUCAGGAUAUCCCCGGAAGCCCUUACAACGUCACGAUUCACCCCUCGGAUGGCAAAUACAGAAGCGACGGAGAUGCAUCGAAGUGUACUUCACGAGGAACAGGUCUGCAUAGCGCGGUAUUGGGACAACCCAACUCCUUCACUGUAAACGCCAGCAACGCCGGGCGCGGCUCACUGAUGGUCGGCGUCGAGGGUCCAGCGAUUCCCGCCAAAGAAAUUAACGUCAAGCACACUGGAAGUAACGUCUACGCUGUCAACUACGCGCUGGAAGAGCCUGGUGUCUACAUUCUUAAAGUAUUAUGGGCUGACAAACACAUCCCAGGCAGUCCUUUCCACGUGACCGUUUGA